AUGGCCAGCACCAGCAGCAAGAAGCCGUGGGAGAGGGCGGGGCUGACAGGGGCGGGCGUGGUGCCCUUCGCCGUGUUGGAGAGGGAGCCAGGCGACGAGGAUAGCGUCUCGCAGGAGGUGAUGGUCCUGUUCCACACCAAGGAGGUGGGCAAGAAGGUGGGCUACCUGGUCGACUUUGGCGGCGGCGUGGGCGAGGACGAGGGCGACGACUCGGCCGUGGCCGUGGCGGCCCGCGAGAUGAGCGAGGAGACGGCGGGCGUGUUCGACCUCAGCCCCGACGAGCUGGCUCGGCAGCCCAUCGCCUCCAACCGCGCGGUGCAGGCCAGCCCCCUGACCACCCUGGCCACUGGGCGCCUGCUGGCGCGCCUUCUUAAGGGCCUCGGCCACUAUGGCGAAGUAGCGGCUCGUGUCGAAGAAGAAGAAGGUGGUGAUGGUGACAAGGUGUGGCAUGGGAGCACGGACGAGGGCGGCUACGAGGUGUUCUUCGUGCGGAUGCCCUACGUGAGCGCCGACGAGCUCAACCAGCUCUUCGCCGUGUCGGACCGCCGCUGUCGCUUCCAGUGGGUGCCGCUCAACGAGCUCGUCGAAGGCAGGCCGCCGCUGCCCCUCCACCCGCGCCUCGUGGCCAUCCACGGGCUGCCCGCCAUCUGGACCGCCAUCGCCGCCCACCACCAGCGCAGCAAAUGA